AAUUUCAAAUAUCAAUAAUCAAAAAUAAAGGCUGCUCAGAAGCAAUAAAUUACAUUUUUCCAUCACAUCACAACCAACUUUAAAUGUCCCUUUACACACCAUAGCUCAAAAAUUAAAAUUAUGCACCGUUGGAAAUAUAAUUGUGUCUGUAGUGAUAACUAUUAUACUUCCCUAAGGGAAGUGGAUUUUUGAUAUAAAAAGUGAAUUAUAAACCACAAAAAUUAUUUUCAAAAAUAUAAAAAUGUUAGGAAGAAAACAAAGCCUCAAGGGCGAGCCAGUUUUGGCAGACUAUGGCCCAGAAGAAUCAUUAAAUGAAAGUGCUGAUAUAGAGUGGGUGAACAAGUUAUGGGUUCGAAGGAUAUUAAGAUUUUGUGCUCUUUUGAGCUUAAUGUCAGUAUCCCUCAAUACACCAAAAACAUUUGAAAAAUAUCCGUACUUGCAGACAGUCACAUUUGCAGUGGAUUGUUCAGUAACACUGUUAUUUACUGCUGAAAUGAUUGCUAAAAUGCAUAUACGGGGAAUUUUAAGGGGAGAUGUUGCUUAUUUAAAGGAUCAUUGGUGCCAAUUUGAUGCUUCUAUGGUAUUUUUUCUGUGGGUAUCAGUUUUACUUCAAAUGUUUGAGCUGACUGGAAUUGUGCCAAGAUAUAGUUAUUUAAGUAUUUUGAGAGCACCAAGACCUCUUAUAAUGAUAAGAUUUUUGAGGGUUUUCUUAAAAUUCUCCAUGCCAAAGUCUAGAAUUAAUCAAAUUUUCAAGAGAUCAAGUCAACAGAUAUAUAAUGUUACUCUAUUCUUCUUAUUCUUUAUGUCAUUAUAUAGUUUAUUGGGUGUUCAAUUUUUUGGUGAACUAACUCAUCACUGUGUAAGGAAUGAUACUAAUCCAAAUGAGAUAACAAUUAACUCUCUUGCAAUACCUGAUACCUUUUGUUCUCCUGAACCAAACUCUGGGUAUCAGUGUUCAAAAGGGAUGAAGUGCAUAAAAUUACACUUGUCAAAAUACAUUAUGGGAUUCAAUGGUUUUGAAGAAUUUGCCACCAGUUUGUUCACUGUCUACCAAGCAUCUUCUCAGGAAGGCUGGGUGUUUAUAAUGUACAGGGCAAUAGAUUCUUUACCAACAUGGAGAUCAGCACUUUACUUCAGCACUAUGAUAUUCUUCCUAGCCUGGCUAGUCAAAAACGUGUUCAUUGCAGUUAUUACGGAAACAUUCAAUGAGAUAAGAGUUCAAUUCCAACAAAUGUGGGGUGUAAGAAACCCUAUUACUAAAGGCAGCACUACACAGUUCUUUACUGGCGAUGAUAAUGGCUGGAAAUUGGUUACAAUUGAUGAGAAUAAACAUUCAGGAACUGCACCAGAAAUGUUGCACAAAUUGCUUCAAUCCGCAUAUUUUCGUCUCUUAGUCAUGGGGGUUGUAUUAGCCAAUGGCAUCAUAACAGCUACAAUGGACUUCAAGCAUGAUGACAAUCCGCGUGAAUUCUUUUACGAAAAAUAUUAUUAUAUAGAAAUUGCGUUCACAAUAUUUCUCGACUUCGAAGCAUUGAUGAAGAUAUGGUGUCUUGGAUGGAAGGGAUAUUUCAAACAUUCAGUACACAAGUUUGAAUUGCUUUUGGCAAUUGGAACUACGAUUCACAUAAUACCGCAACUGUAUAUGUCUGGAUUCACAUAUUUUCAAGUUCUCCGCAUUGUCAGGCUCAUAAAGGCUUCCCCGCUUUUAGAAGGCUUUGUGUACAAAAUAUUCGGACCUGGAAAGAAACUCGGAAGUCUAAUUAUAUUCACCAUGUGCUUGCUGAUCAUAAGUUCAUCGAUAUCUAUGCAACUAUUUUGCUUUCUUUGCGAGUUCACUAAAUUCGAAACGUUUCCUGAGGCAUUUAUGUCUAUGUUCCAAAUCCUUACUCAAGAAGCCUGGGUGGAAGUAAUGGACGAGACAAUGGUGCGGACGAGCCAAACACUUACUCCAUUGGUUGCCAUAUAUUUUAUAUUGUACCACUUAUUUGUUACACUGAUCGUGCUCUCGCUUUUCGUAGCUGUUAUUCUUGACAACUUAGAACUAGAUGAAGAUAUUAAAAAACUUAAACAGCUACGUUAUAGACAGCAAAGUGCCGAGAUUAAAGAAACCUUACCCUUUAGAUUGCGAAUAUUUGAAAAGUUCCCUGAUAGUCCUCAAAUGACCAAAUUGCAUAAAGUUCCUGGAGACUUCAAUUUGCCAAAGGUUCGAGAGUCAUUUAUGCGUCAGUUCGUAUGUGAAGUAGAGGGCGAUGAAGAAGGUGGAAUGGUAGGAGGGCCAAUAGGGGGUAGAACUAUUGCUGGCGAUUUGUCAAGACGUGCUUUUGAGUACAUUGGUGUUGAUAAAAUUGCGUUUCCGUACCGAAAACGUUGUCUUGUCAAGACCCUUGUGGUGGCGCCACCGUCGCAACGUCCGAGUUCUGCGCUUAGAAGACACGUGGUCGCUUCUAUUAUCAAUGACUCCAACAAUCACAGACGUCUCGUUCUGGGUGAUUCGGCACUUUUGGCUACCGGUGGUAAAUCUGGUCUGAAAUCACAAGGGACUGUUUCCAGUGCUAAGCAAUUGAGAGUCGAUCAAAAAAAAUUCGGUUCACGCUCGAUCCGGCGUUCAGUACGUAGCGGUUCGAUAAAGCUGAAACAGACAUACGAGCACUUGCUAGAAAAUGGCGAUAUUGGUGCCGCGUCCCGCGUGGUUCCGUCCUCUCGUGCGAGACCGCCCUACCUUGAUAUAAGAUUGCUGCAAGCGAAACGGCAACAGGCUGAAAUGAGACGAAACCAGCGGGAAGAAGAUUUGAGAGAAAACCAUCCUCUAUUUGACACUCCACUUUUGAUAGUACCCAGAGAAUCACGUUUCCGCAAAAUAUGUCGGGCGAUUGUCGACGCUCGGUACGAUGCGCGUCUGCGAGAUCCAGUCACUGGCAACGAACGAAAAGUGCAUUAUAAGAGCUUCCAUAAUUUCUUGGGUCUCGUCACUUAUUUGGAUUGGGUUAUGAUAAUGGUAACUACGCUUUCGUGUGUGUCGAUGAUGUUUGAGACACCUACAUAUAGAGUUAUGGACAACUUCGUACUUCAGAUUGCAGAGUAUGGUUUUGUGAUCUUUAUGAGUUUCGAACUAGCUCUGAAAAUUCUGGCCGAUGGAUUAUUCUUUACACCUAAAGCGUACCUCAAAGACGCUGCUGCAGUAUUGGAUGUAUUCAUUUAUAUCGUAUCAUUAACAUUCCUAUGCUGGAUGCCCGCUCGAGUACGGGCUGGUUCUACGGCUCAAAUGUUGUUGAUACUGCGGUGUGUACGUCCGUUACGGAUAUUCACGCUCGUGCCGCACAUGCGCAAGGUCGUGUACGAACUGUGCCGCGGGUUUAAGGAGAUUUUACUCGUAUCGACGUUACUUAUAUUGCUCAUGUUUGUGUUUGCGAGCUAUGGGGUUCAACUGUAUGGUGGGAGGUUGGCGCGAUGCAAUGAUCCUACCAUAACCCGACGUGAAGAUUGUGUAGGAGUGUUCAUGCGCAGAGUUUUCGUAACCAAAAUGAAAAUUCGACCUGGACCUAAUGAGACGUUUCCUUCCAUGCUGGUCCCUCGAGUCUGGGCUAAUCCAAAACGGUUCAACUUUGAUAAUAUCGGCGACGCUUUGCUAACAUUGUUUGAAGUGCUCUCUUUUAAAGGAUGGCUGGAUGUUCGAGACGUAUUAAUUAAAGCUUUGGGACCGGUGCACGCAAUCUAUAUCCACGUGUAUAUUUUCCUUGGAUGUAUGAUUGGACUGACACUAUUUGUUGGUGUGGUGAUUGCCAAUUAUUCUGAGAACAAGGGAACUGCUCUGUUGACGGUCGAUCAAAGACGCUGGUGUGAUUUGAAAAAGAGAUUGAAAAUCGCUCAACCCCUUCACUUGCCUCCUCGGCCCGAUGGUAGAAAAGUGCGCGCUUUUGCCUAUGACGUCACCCAGAAUCUCACCUUUAAACGGAUUAUUGCCAUCGUCGUGCUAAUUAACAGUGGUCUGUUAGCUGUGACGUGGUCCCGUCACUCAGCGAACACAGAGCGUCUAGCGCUAACCUCAGCGCUGCUAACGCUAGUGUUCGUGGUGGAAGUGCUAUUGAAGACGAUAGCUUUCACGCCUCGCGGGUACUGGCAGAGUCGACGGAAUCGAUACGACUUAUUGGUUACUGUGGCUGGUUGUAUCUGGAUCUUUAUGCAUUUCACUCUAAAGAAUGACCUAUCAUAUUUCGUGGGUUUCAUGGUAGUGAUAUUACGUUUCUUUACAAUAACGGGAAAACACACGACACUCAAGAUGUUAAUGCUAACCGUGGGUGUGAGUGUGUGCAAGAGUUUCUUCAUUAUAUUUGGAAUGUUCUUGUUGGUGUUCUUCUAUGCGCUUGCUGGAACUAUUGUCUUCGGUAACGUCAAAUACGGUGAAGGAAUUGGAAGGCGCGCAAACUUCAAUUCCCCCAUCCACAGUGUGGCCAUGUUAUUCCGCAUAGUGACCGGCGAGGACUGGAACAAGAUAAUGCACGACUGUAUGGUCGCGCCGCCAUACUGCACGCCCGCGGAUAACUACUGGGAAACAGAUUGUGGCAAUUUUACAGCCUCGCUUGCGUACUUCUGCACGUUUUAUGUGAUCAUCACGUAUAUUGUGCUCAAUUUGCUUGUCGCUAUCAUCAUGGAGAACUUUUCGUUGUUCUAUUCAAACGAAGAAGACGCACUACUCUCCUACGCGGAUAUAAGGAACUUUCAAAAUACUUGGAAUAUAGUAGACGUUCAUCAAAAAGGAGUUAUACCGGUUAAAAAAGUGAAAUUUAUCCUGCGUCUUCUAAAAGGUAGACUCGAAUGCGACACACACAAAGAGCGUCUUUUAUUCAAGUACAUGUGCUACGAGCUUGAACGCCUGCACAAUGGUGAAGAUGUCACAUUCCAUGACGUCAUCAAUAUGCUAUCAUACCGAACAGUGGAUAUUCGUAAGUCCCUACAAAUGGAAGAACUAUUAGCACGCGAGGAGUUUGAGUUCCUCAUAGAGGAGGAAGUUGCUAAACAAACAAUUCGCACGUGGCUAGAGGGAUGUUUGAAGAAAAUACGUGCCAACAGUAGCAAACAACAAACGAGUCUCAUAGCGGGCUUGCGGAAAACUAAUGAACAGCCCCUGGAACUGCCUAAUGAAAAAACUGAGAAGGAGAAAGCAGAAGCUGAAAUUCAACAAACAACAGCGAACGCUGGUCGCACAGAGAUAACUGAAUCGACAUCUCAACCCAUUAUCUCAAAUAUAUCAACUUCUUUGGAUUCACAACCAAAGCGAGGGUCUACUAAAACUCCAUUCAAGCGCUCAGGAUUGCCGUCAGUUACUAUACCAAGGCCUGAGAGUCCAGUUAAGAAAUAUCUACAGCCUACUUUGAGCGAUCCACAUCCAUCUCUCAACAAAAAGCCCGCACUGUGUGGCCUAGCAGCGGUGAUGAAGAUCAACAGCCGCAUGAGCACCGCUACGAGCGCGGGUGGGGCGGGCGGGGCGGGCGGGGCGCGCGAGGCGGCCGCGCUGACGCAGGUGGUGGCGUGGUGGCGCGGCGCGGUGGCGGAGCGCGGCGCGGCGGGCGCACUACUAACUACUGACUAGCAGGCAUGGCGUUGAAUCAACGGACUAGUUAAAUUAACCGUCUAUGUACACUCAACGAUUCGACUAGUCCAUCGCUCACCAACGCACUAGUUGAAUUCAACGACUAAACAAUAGAGUCGAAACGCUCGUCAACGCGUCCGCGACGGUUAACUCUUCGACGUGGCCAUAUAAAUAUUCCACUGUAGACGGCUAAACGACUCGUCGUAGACGGCUCGUCAGUCGACACGUUUGUAUCAACUAUCAACUUGCGACGCCGCUCCAGCGCCCCCCGCGCGCCCCGCGCCCGCCGCCCGCGCGCACCCGCUCGCCCGACGCCCGCCUCGCUCGCGCCCAGCUUCAGAGCAUUCUAGAAUGUUUCAUGUACAACUGAAGUCAAAUUUAACGCACCAUCACGUGAUGAUGCGUAAGUUUUGAAAGCAUUUGUGACUCGUAAGUUCAUUUGUUUAUAUGAGGUCAAUGGUACAUGGGCUUAGGCGCGUGGUAAAGUACGGGACUCGGAAGUCCCAUAACGUUUUAAUAAAUAAAUAAAUAAAAUAAAUAAAUAAAACGUACAUGAACGGGUUCGAAGUAAAGAUUUAUUAAAUAAUUCGUUUGUUGACAUUUGUUUUUUUUAUGACAUAAAAAAACUACUCGCGGAAAUAGUGACAACAAUCCUGAUAUUUUAUUUUAUUGUAAGAAU